UCCGUCACUUUCUCAGGGCCGCGACGAGGCACAGCUGUAGCCUGGCAGGACUGGAGAGUGCGAGGCUCCAGAUUGAGGCCGACCUAGGAUGUACUGAGCCUCUCACGAGUGACUGCAUCCUCGUCAUGUGUUGUGUGACUCAAACACCCCCGGAGUGAAGGAAACCAGGAAGGGGGAAGGGCGAGACAAGGUGCCAUCUGGUGCCCUGUGUGUUGGUGGUGGUUCUGGCACCUUGACCCUGGCUGGCCCUGAGAGACUUUCUCAGGUGUAUUUUAUCACAAUGGCGUACAAACUUGGUCUUGAUGGUCAGGUAAAGGAUCUGAAAUUGGGGGAGACCUUCAAUAAGAGUUAUAAGGAUGGAGCAUUCCACACCAUUCGCUAUGACUUCAAACCAGCCAGUGUUGACAAACAGAAGAUGGGAACAGUAGAGGUGGAAGGCAACCACCAGGUGACAGUAACAGUGCCUCAUGUGGAGGGUUCUGGUACCAAUCAGACAGUGUUCAAGGGGAACCAUAAGCCUGUUGCCAAGGAGUGUAUCCUAAUUAUUGAUCAUGUCACAGGAGAGAUUGUGCUGGAGCGCAUUUCUCAGGCUAUUAGUGUUAAGACAACAAGACCUGAGGGAAGUAGUAGAAUUCCAGCCCAACGUCCCACAACACCUUUGGAUCCUCCUUCACGGAAAAAUUCCCCACCCCCAAAGUGUUCCCCCUCUCACCCACCGUCACGGGGCUCUGCAAAUCCCCUGCCACGACCAUCCCCCUCCCAUGGCAAGCAUUCCCCAUCAGCCAAAACUUCACCUCAUGCAAGAUCACCUGCAUCUAGCAAAAGCCCUAACUAUUCAAUGCCUAGUCUGUCGGAGUUGAAUAGUGAUUGCCCGGACAGAAAGGAAGUUUCUGAGUCUUCAAGUGAUUCAGAUUCCAACAGUAGUUCCUCAUCAGGUAGUGAUUCAGAUUCUGAUUCUGAGCCUGAACAAGAUACAGUCUCCAAGAAAACUAAUGGUCAUGGUACCAUUGCAGGUAGAGACAACAUGCAUAAUGGAAGUGAUCUUAAUGAUGACUUAGAAUUGUCUUCUGAAGACAGUGACUGAUAGAAAAGUUCAUGAGUGCUGUUGUCUUGGUGUUCACUCAUAUACUGUCACAUGAGCCUUCUUUAUAUUAAAAUUCAGAUCAAGCUAUGCUCAUCUAGUUUAGAAUAAAGUCAAUAAAUCAGAUUUUUCAGAAUCACAGUUAUUUUUUAGCUCAAUAUUAAAAAGCUAUUAUCAGACACAUUAUGAAUAUGAUUACUACAGGAAAUCCAUCUGAAUGUCACACACACACACACACACACACACACACACACACACACACACAAUAUUCUGGUAAAUGUUUUUAUGACAUUGGUGAAAUUUUAUUUCCUUGAUUUAGAAAACAUAAUUUCCUGUGCCUCUUAAAAUAAAAUAUUAUUAAGGUUCAGGAAUCAAGUUACCAAAGUAGCAACAAACACAGAUUGAUUCAAUGAUGUUCUAGUGAUAAGAGGAAUUGGGAUUAGAAUACCAUUUUCAGUAUCAGUUUUUCAUGAAGUGCAUGUUUCUCCUACUCAGUCAAAUAGAAGGGGGAACUUUCAAUUAUAACAAAGACCUCCAAAGAAGUGACUGUUUUAAGGUCACUUUGGGAGUGUUCAUACAGUCAUCUCAGUAGUAGUUGUUCUUACUGAUGACUUAAUAAUAAAAUAAAGAAAAUUUU